GUUUCACGGUGCGCAACUAUUGACAUUCGCGCAAUACAGACGGGAUUGUAGCACAUUGUUUGCACCGUCAUCUAAAUUGUGAGUAGGCCAACAUAGCUGCACAUUUAUUGGGUGGGUGAGGGGGGAGAAAGAAAGACCGGUUUUACGCAUUUCACUCAAGUGACAAAACUGAAUGCAUGCGUGCUUUUCCUUCCUGCCUCCCUCCAUCCCUCCCUCUUUUUCUCUCCUCCUCCUCCGCUCUCUCUCUCUCUCUCUCUCUCUCUCUUUUCACCGGCAAAACACGCACGCACGUACACGACACGCGCUGCUGCCCUUCUUUCUUUUUUGGUCAUACGGGGGGAGUAAACGCCGAGGACUGACUUCACCCGUGCGCAGCAUCCACCCUGCCCUCCACCCGGAUGUCGUUCUAACAAGUUGGGCACCUUUCCAUGUUACACAACAGAGUGACAGCUGUGUGUUGAUCCCCGCAGAAUUUUUGCUUCUGGUUGUUUGUGUCCUUACCUAAGUGACAGAGGUGUGUGCUGGGUGUCCAAGACAAGCCAGGAGUCCUCCCAGACAGCAGGGGGAAGUGGCAGAAAUGCAGGAGCCAAUCUUGGAUGCCAAGAUGCCAAAACAGGAGCAGAAUUCCAAGUCUCUGGAUGAGCAGAAGGAGAAUGAUGACACAUCUGAGAAGACAUCCCCAAACAAAAACCUCAAAUCACCACAGAAAGGCUCCAAAAGACAUAAAACAACACAGUUUAAAGUGGCACUGUUGGAUUUGUCGGAUUACAAAGGAGAAAUUGAGAAACAGUCGAAAGGACAGACGCUGAUAGACAUGGUGUGUGAGCACCUCAACUUGCUGGAGAAGGACUAUUUUGGCUUAACCUUUGCAGACACAGACACCCAAAAGAACUGGUUGGACCCCUCUAAGGAGAUGAAGAAACAGAUGCGCAACAGUCCAUGGCACUUUGCCUUCGCUGUCAAGUUCUACCCUCCAGACCCCUCCCAGCUCACUGAGGAUAUUACCAGAUACUACCUGUGUCUGCAGCUGAGGGAUGACAUGUUGUCAGGUCGACUGCCUUGCUCAUUUGUCACCCACGCCCUCCUGGGCUCCUAUACGGUCCAAGCUGAGCUUGGCGACUAUGAUCAUGAUGAGCAUGCGCUGGACUAUGUCAGCGAUUUCCAUUUCGCACCCAAUCAGACUCGUGAACUGGAGGAGAGAGUGAUGGAGCUCCAUCGAAACUACAAGGGUAUGACUCCAGCGGAGGCUGAAAUUAACUUUUUGGAGAAUGCUAAGAAACUGUCCAUGUAUGGCGUGGACCUGCACCAUGCUAAGGAUUCUGAAGGGAUUGACAUAAUGCUGGGUGUAUGCGCCAACGGCCUGCUGGUAUACCGUGAUCGGCUGAGGAUCAACCGCUUUGCUUGGCCAAAGAUCCUUAAGAUCUCCUAUAAGAGGAGCAACUUUUAUAUUAAGAUAAGACCUGGAGAGUAUGAGCAAUUUGAAAGCACUAUUGGUUUUAAGCUACCUAACCACAGAGCUGCCAAAAGGCUGUGGAAAGUCUGCAUUGAGCAUCACACCUUCUUCCGGUUGGUUUCUCCAGAGCCUCCUCCCAAGGGCUUCUUGGUGAUGGGCUCAAAGUUUCGAUACAGUGGAAGAACGCAGGCUCAAACCAGACAGGCCAGCGCUCUCAUAGACCGACCCGCUCCUCACUUUGAGCGGUCCACGAGCAAGCGGCACCUGCUCUCCAGAAGUUUAGAUGGAGCAGAGUUUUCCCGGCCAUUAUCAGCCAUGUGUGAGAAUCACGAUGGCCUCUUCGACAACAGCAUCAGUGGACGAUGUCGUCUCCAGAGCCCCUCUGUGGAUGAGCAGGAAACUGAACUGGAGCCCAGUUUGGAACAAGAUGAGGAGGAUCUGGACCAGGAUGAUGGCAGGGAGAUGGAAAGAGACAAUGACCAGGACGGAAAUGUCACUCCAAGCAAAAAGAAAGAAAUCAUGGAGGAGGCUGGGUCACCAGUUGACAGUAAAAAGGAGUUUCUGAAUAAGUCACAGGAUGUUUUGCUGAAGCACCAGGCCAGUAUCAAUGAGCUAAAAAGAGCCCUGAGGGAACCCAACAGCAAGCUGAUGAGCCGUGAGAAGCGUCUGUCAGCAUCAUCGCCACCCAGCACGCCAGAGAAAAAGCCUUUGGGGGGCCGAGUGGUGGGAAAAGACCCCAUUAAUAGCCUGUCUAUUGAGGGGUUCAUCCAGAAGAAUCUCACGACUUCACCUGAGGGCUCUGAGGAUUGGGUAUUGAUUGAACACCCAGAAAGUUAUCAUCAAGACCAUGACUGGAAAGUGAAAGAAAAUAACAAGUCUCACACAUCUGAUUCUUCCUGGGACGAAAAUAAGCAGGAAAAAGAGAUAAAUGUCUCUAAGAUUAUGCAUAUUGAUGUAACGGACUCUGGCAGAAAAGAAAUGAAAAGCAAUAUGGAUGAAUUUCCAUCAACAAAAUCAUCCAGAGAGGCAGCUGCGUGCUAUGAGCAGCGGCCCACUAAUAAAGGUCGCUUUCAGAUUCAAUUAUCUGCAAAUGCAGACUUGUGUCAAGAUAAAUCUCCAAGCAAACAAUCUGAAGGUUCAACCUCUGAACCAAAGGACAGUUUGGCCCUCAGCUCACAUCAGAUGAAGGAACACACAGCUUCAAUGCAGAGAAAAAAGAGGCCACCCCAGAGCUUAAACCUGGGAAUGCCUCCAGAGCUUGGACACGAGAAAGGUGCAAGUGAUUCUACUGAAAAGGAAAACGAGGGCUUAGACUCAGACGACAAUUCAGAAAACAAUUCUGAAACAGCAAAUGAUUGUCAAUCAGCAAUGGCAGUGUUGACAGAAGUUGAUAGAGAACCACAAAAGAAUCAGCCUUUCAAGGCCUAUGAAGACAGCAUACUGGCGGACAUAGUGGCAGGAGAAAGCAAGGAUGCUUCCACCCAAGAUUCAGGACCAGUCAAACAAAGCUUGAACCAGGUUGGGCUGUCAGAAAUAAAUGGACCUGCGAAGAUAGACCAUGCAAGUCAAUUAGUAAGUGUAAAAGGGGAGUGCUUAAAGAUAAUAAGAGGAAAGGGCUUUAUUGACAAUAAAGAGCUAGCAGAGGUAAAACUGAGACAGGUCAAAACACAUGAGAGAAAGAUAAGUAGUUCUGGAGGAGAGGAUAUUGAGAGUCUAAUAGGAGACAGACGUCAGAGGGCGUCUCUCCAGCGACUGUCGGGCAGCCAUCAGUCAGAAAUCACCAGGAUUGUUCCUAUAAAGCCAGAGCGAUCGAAGAGCAUAGCAUGUAAGGAUGACAGGGACAGGGUAGGACAGGAUGAGCAAACGCGUGUCUUAAGAAGAGAAUACCGCUGGUCGGUCGGCUCUCCAGAGGGAUCCUCAGACCUCAACUGGACUGAUGUCGCCACCCUUCAUCCAGCAUUUGAAGUAAAUUUAGAGAAAAUCGCACAAGACGAGAAUCCUGAUGACAGUUAUCAUCCCUGCCGUGGGUCUUCUGAAAGUCAGAUGUUUACCUCACCUCUUCCGAAAAUAAUUCCUCCAGCUCCACCAGUAAAAACUAAGAAGGCUCGGGAAUCUGGACUAAUACUGCGGAACAGCAGGAAUGCUGUCAGAGAGCAGAGCCAGGAAGCGGUCAAGAAGAGAUACUCGGAGCCUGUCUCUGCUCCCUUUGUUUAUGAUGACCCAUUUAUUGAUGCCAAGAAGGAGCUCAGUGACAAGAGGCCCCAGACGAUUGUAGUCCCAGAGGAGGAACAGGAGCAGGACACUGUGGCCUGCAUGAGGGAGGCCCAUCUAGGCAUUGAGCGCAAGUGCUCCAGUAUGACAAUCAGCUCCACAUCCAGCCUAGAAGCUGAGGUCGACUUCACUGUCAUAACAGACCUCCAUCCCUGCAUGGAGGACAUGACGAAAGGCGUGUCCUAUUCGGGAGAGAAGGAGCGACAGCCCGAGGUGGGACGGGAGGACUUUGAGGAAACAUCGAGGUUCUACUCUGCACGUCUAAUGGGCCAAAUGGACAAAUCUCCCAUAGAGGAGAAACUUCCUGAAGAGGGAAUGUAUCAUGAGCCUCCUGUGGCAAGAAGAGAUUCCAGCACUGUGACGAUGGCCCAGAUGCUCAAGAGGGCCGAUUCCAAGACAGAGUCUCAGUCAAACGGCUCAGAAGUUCAAGCGACUGUCACACCUGUCUCACCACAGAGACUCUCCUUCACCCAAGAUACUCCUUUUAGCCUUAAAGAAAAUGGAUCACUGGUAAAAGCCUGCCCUAAAGGUAAAGAUUCCAUUGUGUCCCCACUGACCAUCACUGCAGAAAGUGUCACCACUGCAACCACAACUCAAGUUACCAAGACGGUCAAAGGAAGCUUCUCAGAGACCAGAAUUGAGAAAAGGAUUAUCAUCACAGGCGAUGACGAUGUAGAUCAACAUCAGGCGCUUGCCAUGGCAAUCCAAGAGGCCAAACAGCAGCACCCCGACAUGCUUGUGACAAAAGCGGUGGUGAUAAGGGAAACAGAGUCUCCCACUGAGGACCUACAGCAGAAGUUACAGUCCUGAUUGGUCAUGGUGGCUCCUGAGGCGGAGGACAUGAGAGGAUUCACCCCUGUUGCAGUGUGCCAUGAACCUGGUAAAAGGACUAUUUAGUCCUCCCGAGUUAGACACUUGACAAGAGACUGUGAUCCACGAAGCAGUAGACCACCUCCCCUGUCCUUUGAGACAAAUGUACUGUGACCCGGCCUCUGACCUGAUCCGGAAUCCUGUCACAGGGACCCCGGCCCUAAUUAGUCAGGAAGGAUCACCUGCUUGAGAGAUUAUUGGGUUACAGCUUUCUCGUUUUGAUUUGGUUUUAUUGUAUUUAUGUUUUACUGCACACACCCCUGCCACGUUACCAUUUAUUUACAAAUAGCUUCCUUUGAUAUUGCAGACAUAUUUCUUGAACCAUGAUCAUUUAAUACAUGCAACAAAUACAGUAUGUAACAAAUGGUUCGGAAGAAAGAAGGGGCACAAUCCUGGUGAUGCAGGUUCCACCGUGGCGUCACUUACGGCACCUUCAGCAGUCUUACAACCUUUUUACAUUUUUAUCUGUAGAGAAACUUAUGCCCAGUGUCUGCUUGAUAAGUGAAUAUGUAUAUUGCGAGAUUAUUAUAACCUGCAUGAUUCAAAGCAGAGGGAAUUUUAAGAAACUAACAAUACAUAUACAAAUGUCCUUGUGUGACGGAGAAAUACAUUUCUUUGUUGGUAAAAUUCAUUGCAGCAAAGACAUCACGAUACAAAGCAAUUUGUGGGAAAAUUUCCAGAAAUCUUUGGGCCAAAGGAUGUUGAUGUUGGAGACAUUGGAAUGUCGUUGGACUCAGAGCAAAGACAUUCGUGUGGGGAUCUGCUUUGCAAUCAAGAUAUGAUGAACAUUGUUCAGUUUCCAUUUCCUGCCAUUACCAUUAAUGCUUCCUUUGAGAUGGUCUGCUUUGGGUGUGGGAUUUUUAGAGCCAAUUUAUUAUUAAUGUAUGUUUCAGAAAUGUUUAUGCUUUUGUUUUUUUAAGAUCCUACUUACAAAGCAAAUGCUUUUUUUGGUUUACAUGAUCCAAUAUAUAAAUGUUAUUCUUGUGAUCUUGAAGUGUUUCAGUCUUUGGUUGUAAACAUGCUGAAAUAUCAUUGUUGAAAGUCUUGUUAGGUGCUGUGUGGGACAUUACAAAUGUUACUUUGGCAAAUUGAAAAUGUGCUCUUAUCCCAAUUGGCAUUACCAUUUGUACAGUGAAUAUAAAAAGUCUACGCAACCCCUGUUUAAAUGGCAUGCUUUUAUGACGAAGUUAUGUGAUGUAAAUACAUUGUUUCAAAAUGUUUUCCAGCAUGAAUGUGACCUAUAACCUGUACAACCCAAUUACAAUAGUUAAAAAAUAUUUUUGAGAGGGGAAGUAAAUAUAAACAACAGAAAUAAUACGGUUGCACAAGUGUGCACACCCUCUAAUAAUUGGGAUGUGGCUGUGUUCAGAAUAUACCAAUCACUCAAUCAAUCACCAAUGUUAAACAGUCAGAGUCAGCACACACCUGCCACCAUUUAAAGUGCCUCUGAUUAACCUCAACUCAAGCUCAGCUGCUCUAGUAGGUCUUUUCUGACAUUUUCUUUUUCUUUUCUUUUUUUUUGCCUUCUAGCAGAAGCCUGAAGGUUUUGUGCUAACACUGACUGCUAUUUCAAAGUUUUCAUAAUUCCUUCCACCUUGUCUAAGCCCCCUGUCCCAGCUGAAGAAUAACAGCCGUAAAGCACGACGUCACAAUCACAAUGCUUCACUGUAGGUAUGUUGUUCUAUUGGUGAUGAGCAGUGAUAAGUAAAUAAACCUUUUGGAAUUACGGCCACAAAGUUCAAGCUUGGUUUCGUUGGAUUGUAACAAUCAUUUGGGAAUAUGCUUUCAUGGUUUGAUGAAACCAAGAUUGAAUUUAUGGGCUAAAAAUUCCAAAAGAUAUGUUUGGCACAAAAACAGGAUUGCUUAUCACCAAAAGAACACCAUACCUACUGUGAACCAUGCUGAUGGCAGCAAAAUGCUGUGGGCACUUGUGCAACUGCUUUAUUUCAGAAGUUUAUUUUUUACCUCCCAUUUAAAAAAUAUUUUUAAAAAAAAAUCAAUUGAGUUGUAUAGAAUAUAGGUCACAUUAAUGGUGGGAAAAGUUUUGAAAUGAUUUCCAUUCAUUUUCUAUACCGCUUUUCCUCAUUAGGUUCACGGGUGUGCUUGAGUUUAUCUCAGCUGACUUCGGGUUUACCAGCCAAUCACAGGGCUUUGAAAUAAUUUACUUUGGUCUACUUGCUUAUAAUCAACAAAAUCCUGACAUUUGAACAAGGGUGUGUAGACUUUUUAUCCACUGUACAGUUCUUCCACAUUAGCCACUUGAGGGCAACACGAAGGCCUGUAAACAUUUCACUGAUAUCCGACAACAUCAUCAGGUGUGCUUCAGGAUAUUACCCAAUUUCACUUAAUUGGUCUGGAAAUUAUUUAUAUACGACAUACAAUGCAUCUGUUCCUCUAUCUAUCUAUCUAUGCCAACAACUUACUAUAGAUGCAGGCAGAACAAUUAAAUGCUCCACUAGAUGGCAGAAGGUACAAUUAACCUGUGUAUCCAUCAUUAAUGAAGUAUAAAUACUUUUUGUGACGUUUGUGUUUUCUGGUGAGUGAGAUUUUUUUCGAAUGUAAACUAUGUGCCUUGGCUCAAUAGGAUGUGUGUCCUAGAAAAUAUUGUGGCAUCUUUAUGCCUUUUAAAAUUUGGGAUCUUCAGGGGUACCCGAACCAGCUGUGUGAAAGUCUAUGUGAGCCACUAUACUACCAAUGGCAAAAGCCAAAAACUGAAACUGUAUUGCUGAGUUGCUAAUUGUUUGCAUUUUGCUGAACAAAAAGAAAGAUGAAAGAAAAUAUCUGUCAAAAGACAACAAAGCGUUUGUGUUAUUUUGAAUAUCAGACAGGGUAAUCUGUAGUGUAGUGGUUCAUACAGCAGAUUUAGCCAGCUGUUGUGGGAUUGCGCCAACUCAAUGCCCCAUUCACAGUUUCCCUGUGAUUGAAUUGUGAUCAAUUCAGAGUGUACUUUCAAAGUUUCGCCCUUUAAGCUCCAGGCCCUAGCAGCUAGCAAGACCCUGAAUUGAAUCAAUGGUAUAGAAAAUGGAUGGAUAUUUGGGCAUCUUUGCAUUGUACUUGCAUUGAGUCAUUCAAUUCUUUUUUUUAAUCCAAUUAAUGUAAACUUCAAAGUUUUCAGGUUUUCAGGGUUUUGCUUUAUGGUUUUAUCUUUAAAGUAUAUCAAAGGUGUUUGAAGUUGUAUUUAAAGAAGUUUUGUGAGGCCUAUGCUGCCCCCAGUUUAGAAAACUCAGUGUUAAAUAGCAUAUACUGUAUCUUGGAUGACCUUUCAUAUUAUACUAUGCACUGCUAUCAUCCACAUGGAUCCUACUGAUAGAGCCUGAGCCAUUUUAGCUGUGUUGCUGUCAAUGUUAAUCUUGUGCUACUUGUAAGCGAAGCAGUACACUGCUUGUGAGAUUUGCAAUAAGCAGCCAUUUUUCUUAUCAUUUGUCUUCUAAAAGGGAGAAAACUGUGAACUGUCAUACGUGAUGAAGCGUGUAAAAAGCUUGCACACAGUGAGUGAUAGUCCUAACAGACCAGCCAUGGCGUUUGACUUUUUCUUCAUUUUCCAAUGUCCACAUCCUGUCCCAAACUGACACAUCCAAAUACAAACUGUCAACUGCAGUUGAUAUAUAAAGCGGCUGAAGUAAGUAUUUAACACGUCACCGUUUUUGUCACUAAAUAUAUUUUCAAAGGUGCUAUUGACGUGAACGUUUCACCAGAUGUUGGGAACAACCCAUGUAAUCCAUACAUGCAAAGAAAGUAGAACAAAUAAGAUCAUAAAUUAAGUGUAAUAAUGUGAAAUGACACAGGGAAAAAGUAUUGAACAUGCCAAAUGGUAUUUAUUUAAUACUUUGUACAGAACCUUUGUUUGCAAUGACAGCUGCAAGACACCUCCUGUAUAGAGAAACAAGUCGUGAGCUCUGGUGUGAUUUUGGCCCAUUCCUCCACACAAGCAGUCUUCAAAUCUUGAAGGUUCCGUGGGUUUCUUUAAUGGACCUUGCGUUUCAGUUCUUUUCAUAGAUUUUCAAUUGGAUUCCAGUCAGGUGAAUGGCUGGGCCAUUCUCGCACCUUUAUUUUUCUUUACUUAGAAACCAAUUGAAAGUUUCAUUGGCAGUAUGUUUUGGAUCAUUAUCCUGAUGAAAUGUCCACCCUCGUUUAAUUUUCAUCAUACUCGUAGAUGGCAGAAGCUUUUUGUCAAGAAUGUCUCGAUGGAUUUGCCCAUUCAUCCUUCCUUCAAUAAUGUGAAGUUUACCAGUACCAUUUGUUGAAAAGCAGCCCCACACCAUCAUGUUCCCAAUUCCGAACGUCACUGUUGGUAUGGUGUUCUGCAGUUCUAUUUCUCCUCCAAACGUGGUGUGCAUUAUGGCAUCUAAACAGUUCAAUUUUGCUCUCAUCCGAACAGAUUAUAUUCUCCCAGUAUUUAACUGGCUUGUUUAACUGUUGUUCAGCAAACUUUAAACGAGCUUUGACAUGCUUUUUGUUUCAGCAAUGGCGUCUUGCGUGAUGAGCGUGCAUACACGUGGAGUACAUUACUUAUUGUUAUCCUUGUGACAACAGUAACUGCUAAUUCCAGGUCUUUUUGAAGCUCUCCACAGGUGGUCCUAAACUCUUGGACAACUGACAAUUUUAGGUGUUGUCUUGGCUUUCCAUGCCUUUUUGCACCUCCCUUUCGUCAUGCGUUCAAUACUUUUUUUCCCAGUGUCAUUUCACAUUACUACACACAACUUAAUUUCUGAUCUUAUUUGUUCUACUUUCUUUGUAUGUAUGGAUUACUUGAGUUGUUCCAAACAUCUGGUGAAAAUUUCAUGUCAAGAGCACCUUUGGAAAUAUAUUUAGUGAGAAAAUUGGUGACGUGUUAAAUACUUAUUUCAGCCGGUGAAUAAUUUAGUAUGUGUGAAAACAAUAGCUACACCAAGCUGAACCUUAAUGCAGCAGUGAACUGUUAACUGUUGGCAAAAUAAUGUAUUUGCUUAAGUACUGGAUACACGACACUGGGAUAAAACAAGUGGUGAGAGGCUACACACGCUGUGCUGUGAGAAAUUUAAGUUACUUAUCUAUCGACACACGCUGUGCUGUGAGAAAUUUAAGUUACUUAUCUAUUUAAAAAUAUAUUUCUUAGUGUUAUACUGUAAACUAUGUCAUGUUUGAUAUAGGCUCUAAUGCACCAGGCUGUGAAGGGAUUUAAAUGAAAAGACAAUACCGCACUUGUAUGGAAUGUCACAUUAAUGGGUGCCUUAUAUUUGGAGUUGUACUCACAGGAGCCAGAGGCCCAGUUUAUAUGUGCUGAUGAAAAGGCUACUUUCAUUCACACUACCUUAAAAGUGCAUAACUGUCUGGAAAGGAUGUGACAAUACAUACAUCUUUCAAAAUGGGAACUGUAUGUAUAUAUGGUAUAAUUAAAGUAGAAACCAGUGUUAAUACCGAUUCUGGAAAUAUUCUUGGCUCAUUCUGAAGCAUCAAGUUAGCGUCACCUUCAAUUCUCCAAUGCUUUUGUAAUACAUUCCUCUAGUGCAUGGUGGUGUGUAUGUGCUGUAUUUGCUUUCGGUCUAAAAUAAAAAAUAAAAAAAACAUACAUGCAUAAAUAAAUGUCCCCAUAUGGUUCAAA